UUCAACAGGUAGGUUGUAAUAAUGGCAUUUGGAAGGAUCAAAUAUCUCUAUAUCUGUCAGUGUAGAUAUGUUUUCUCUUGUUAGAAGUUUUCGGGUCAAGAUCAUUGAAAGUAAAAUGUCGGUUUAUAUCAGCAACACUGAAAAUAUGUAUGUUCAGUUAAACGUAACGGUUCAGUGCUGUUGUGAACGGAUUGUAAAAUAUACCAAAUCACGAUGACGAAAAAAAAAUUCGAGUUGGACUCCCCUAAUAACUUCAACUCCACAACAACACUAGCGAAUAAUGAACAAAUAUCCACACAGAUUAGUAUUGAAAGUAUAGAUAAAAUUUACAGCCCUUAUGAACAUAGAAUACUCGCUCAUCCAAAUUCUUUUUUAGGCGCAUUAAUUCAUAUAUUAAAAGGCUCUUUAGGAAGUGGUCUACUUGCAGUUCCUAGGGCCUUUCUAAAUUCAGGUCUUCUAGUUGGUGUUAUUGGAACGAUGUUAAUUGGUUUCAUAUGUACAUAUACAGUUCAUCUUUUGGUUUCAGCUUCCCAAAAAAUAUGCAUUAAGAAGAAAAUACCCAGUUUAGGAUUUGCGGAAACAGCAGAAGCAGUUUUCGACAAUGGUCCACCCAACAUUAAGAAAUUUUCCAAAGUUGCAAAAUUGUUUGUUGAAAUAGCUUUGACGAUGACACAUUUUGUUGGGAAUGCGGUGUAUAUUGUAUUUAUAUCAGAAUCAAUGGCGAAGUUGAUUGGAAGCCAUUAUGAACCUGCGAAAUAUUGGAGUCAAUAUUUCAAAAUAAUAAUUCUAAUUCUCCUCAUAAUAUUCUGUCAAAUCAGAGAAUUAAAACAUUUAGUACCGUUUUCAUUUUUAGCUAAUGCGACAAUGGUUUUAGCGUUAGCUAUUACUGGAUAUUAUAUGGUAAAAGAUAUGACCUUAGUUGAUCCGAGUGAGAGAAAAUUAGCGACAAGUAUAUCAGGUAUACCAACUUUCUUCACGACAAUAAUAUUUGCUAUGGAAGGAAUUGGAACAAUAAUGCCAGUGGAGAAUUCAAUGGUAACAGAUUCUUUCAUAGGAUGUCCAGGAGUUCUAAACGUUGCUAUGACUUUUGUUGUAACGUUCUACACUGUUAUUGGAUUCUGCGGAUAUUACGCCUUUGGAGAUAAAACUGAAGCUACUAUUACUCAAAAUCUACCCGAUGAUGAAGUUUUGGCUCAAGUGGUUCAAGCAUCCAUAUCUAUAGCAAUAUUUUUUACUUUCAUGCUUCAAUAUUACGUUCCUAUUGAUAUAACAUGGAGAAGGAUGAAACCUCACAUACCACAAGAAAAACAUAACAUAGCACAAAUAAUCUGGAGGAUAUUAACAGUUUCUUUCAUCGUUGGAGUAGCUGCAGCAGCAGGAAAUCACCUGGGUCCGCUUAUCGAUCUUUUAGGAGCUAUUUUCUUUUCCACAUUAGGUCUUUUCAUCCCAUCUUUCCUGGAUAUUGUAGUUAAUUGGAAUGAAUGGGGAAGAUUCAAUUGGAUUUUGAUGAAAGAUUUAGUUUUGAUAAUCUUUUUUUUAUUUGGUUUGAUAAGCGGAACUUAUUUUGCCAUUCUUAAUUUCAUUGAAUGAAAAGUGUUUUAUCAAAUUAUCAUUAACGAAUUGGCUCUAGAUACUUACGUGGCAUCAAAACAGUUCUCAAAGAAAAAAUUGAAAUAAUAGUCAAGCUUCGUAGAAUUACACACAUAACAUCACACCAUUCACACAGGCAACAUACCACUUUCGUAAUACCCAUUUUUCUAACAAAAUCAAUAAGGUUUAGAAUCACAGGUUCUAUAAUAUUGUCAGGUCCUUUGAAGUAUAUAGUUUAGAGAAAUCCCAAACGUUGGAGUAAAAUGUUACUCAAAUAUGUGAUAUUUUAUUCUAUAUAUUGGGAUUCCAUUGAAAGUUAUCUUUAACACAAUCUAGAAUGCAUCAACAUCGUACCUAGUGCUUAUUUUGAUUGAAUUUUUUCGUGUUAUAGUUAUAUUUACCUCACAGAUACAUACCCAACUCUUGAAAAUUAUCAGUAUAAAUAGGUUUUAUGACAUAUAUACCGACUGAAACACGUUUCGCUUACCAAGUUGUCAUCAUCAGAAACCGAAGGUUGUAUGUUUAUUAUAAAAUUGACACAAUUUAGUUGGAAAUAAAAAUUUCACAGAUUCACCACAUGAUUUCAACGUAUUAGUAUGAAAUUUUAAUUUUACUCCAUUAUCAAUUGCUUUGAUGGUACUGAAAAUAUUUUAACUACCACGUAUUUGGAAAUAUAUGCAUACACAAAAUUAGUUUUUUAAUGGUAACGCUAUAAUUGUCUCUUCAUAAUUAUAACUUGUAAGCAUAUCAUAGUUUUUGGAUAUUAAAAAGGCAACAGAAAACAUUCAUCACUCUGUUCUAAGUCAUCCUGUUUUUUCUAUAGUCGAAAAAACUAAUAUUAGUCACAGUAUGUAUUUUCUGACAAUUUUAUAAUGUUUUGAUUCAUGACUAUGCUAGUAGAUAAUAAGAAAACCUGUGUGAUAUUGAUAUAUAUAUAUUUAUAUAUUUGUCAGAUGAAUAUAAUAAAUUUUAUUUUG